AUAUAUAUAAACUUAAUGCUAUUUGAAAAGUGUAUGAUACAAGAAACAACACUGUAGACGUAAAAUUUAAGAGCUUCAACAAUGUCAGCAGCGAGCAUCAGUGCAAGUUCUGUUAUAUUCGUUGUUGUCUUUGCUUGUAUGAACUUAGGCACUGUCCAACUCUCAGACUCCAACAAUAUUACACAGCCUGACUCUCAAGACAACAGCCCAUAUGUUGAGGUGAACUGGAGAAGGUCUGAAGAAGAUCAAAUAGGCCAUCAUGCGUGUACUGCCAGAAAACUGGAUGACAACAGCGAAGAAGUCACCUGCUCCACCCAAGUCAAGUUUAGACAGAACAGAUUAGAUGGCUUGUCGGAGAAAACGCAGAGUUUACAAGAUAGGUUGAAACAACUUGAAGCUACGGUGGAACAUAGAUUAAACGGCUUGUCGGAGAAAACGCAGAGUUUACAGGACAGGUUGAAUCUACUUGAAACUACAGUGGAACGCUUUCAAAAUGAUAAUUCCAAUGAAGUUUGGUCAAACGUAUCUGCAAGAGUUAACACGCUAAUUGUUCAACUGAAUCACACGAGUGAUCUGAAACAGAAACUUCUUACAACAUCAAUUGAUAUUAACACUAUCAAAAACACUUUGUCCAAUAUCCGCACUGAAGAUGGCAAAGUUAAUUGUGGACCUAGCGAUCGGUUCAAAUUUGUUCCAUCGGAGGGUCUAACAAACAGAGUUAAUUUCAUAAGGGUUAACUUCCAACAACCUUUCUCUAAAAUACCACUGAUCUGGGGAUCCCUGAGAACAAUUGAUGUAGACAAAAACACAAAUCUAAGAUAUGUUUUUUCAGUGAGAGAAGUUAAUACUACAGGGUUCACUUUAGGAUGCCAUACAUGGGGUGAUACAAGACUGGCUGGAAUAGAAUACCAAUGGCGAGCAACUACACCGUUCAACUGAUAUCUAUGAGUCUUUUUAUAUCUCCAACACGACAUAUGACACAAUGAAACAUUAUGAAUGCUUUUUACAAAGCUUAUAUCAACUCACUCUAUUUGUCUGUUUGUACAUGUAACAUGACACCCAAUCUCUCAUCUUGCAGUAAAUUUGCACAAUUACUUCUUUGGCAACACAAAAUUCAUAAAAAAAUUAAUUAGUUAAUUAAUUAACUAUUGGGAAUUAAUUAUUUUGUUUGGUAUCAAACAAAAGAAAAAAAUCAUAAUUGACUAAUGUGGUGGAGUAAGCUUAAUUAGCUCCCCUUAAAUUAUGUAAAAAGAAAUAGGUGAUUGCUUUAAAGUUUGAAACUAACAAUAGAUAAUUAUAAAACCUUCUUUUUUAUAAGCAUUUCACUGGCACAAUGGUUAGUGUGUUAGCUUGAGGAGGCUUGAGCCCUCGAAUUCGAACUCAGGUCGUUCCCACUUUUUAUUUUAUUAAUGCAUUUAAAAAGUGUUCAGGGUAAUCUUUACACGAUAAAUAUCUCCUUUCCAAAUGGUCCAGAAAAGUGAUGGGACUAUAGCGUAUUGAGAAAUCUUAAAGUAUGAAAUUGCGCUAAACAAUUGAUAAAAAAUAUUUCUAAUAGCACUGAUUAAUUAUUGUAAUAUAUAUCUUUUACAAAUGUAUUUACAUGACUGCAUAGAGUGGGAAGCGUGGUCGAGAGGAUAUGUUGAUAUGGUGCGCAAAGGUGCACGCGUUCAAUAUAAUAAAGUAUCAUUCUCCGCCAUGA